CGUUUCUGCAUCGAUCCCUCAGCCCUCCACAGUAUGUGAUAUACAUGUGGUGGCUAAUUCUAUGUCAAGGCCAACAACGGCUGGACAAACUACCUAUAAAUGCUUGCCACUGGCCCCCCUGGCCAUGGCAUUGCAUUUUAGGUUUCGCUAAUACCGGGCACUACAAUAGCGCCAUCCAAGUCAAUUUAGCCAGAAAUUAUGAAGCUCUUCUCAGUUAUCUCGGUACUCGGCCUGCUGGCCACCUCGCCCCUAUCCCUUGCCGCAGAUCCACCCGACAAGUGCGACACCAAAUCCAAGGCCAAGGACGGCAAAGACUUCGUCCUGACCGACCAGGGCGACAACUCGCACCUCGCGCCGCUGGCCAAGAAAUUUUCCAACGCCAAGAAGCAUGUCAGCGUCGCGCACGUCUUCGACGACGGCAACCACAAAGUCACCAUCGACGCGGGCGGGAAGUACCAGUGGGAGAAGACGUCCGACUUCAACGACCGCGAGACAAUAAAAUGGGUGCCGCAGGGCAUCACGUCGACAGCCGACGCCGUGGAGGAUGGCAAAUACGGCGACCACGACGGCUGGAUUGUCAGUUGGCACCGGAGCGAUAACAAGAGCGUGCGCGUGACCUUCAUCGACAAGAAGACAAAGAAGUACCGACACGUGCUGCUGGUCUAUCCAUAUGCCGAUGAUGACUUCAAGGCGGUUCCCGUGCAUGCUGGCGGGAUCGUGUGGUACGGCGACACCCUUUGGGUUGUCGACACGGACAAUGGGACCCGCGUCUUCGACCUGAGCAACAUAUGGGAGGUUGAAGCGGGCAAAGGUGUCGGUAAGAAGUCGGGCGGAGGAUAUUCUGCUGCUGGAUACAAAUACGUUAUCCCUCAGAUCAGGUGGUACAAAUGGACCUCGCCGUUCAACUUCCAGUUCUCCUUCAUCGCUCUCGACCGGACCUCCACUCCCGACAGCAUCCUGGUUGGCGAGUGGGUCCCCAAGAGCAGCUCGGCGCCCAUCCGCUUCGCCGUCUGGGACCUCGACUACAAGACGCGCAAGCUCAAGGCCGACGGCAAGACGGCCAAAGGCAAAUGGGCGUCGUGCGUGGACGUGCACAACAUGCAGGGCGCCGUGCAGGUCGGCUCGCAGUUCUACAUCUCGACCAGCAGCGGCGACGCCUACGGGUGGGUUCCGGGCCAGGACCCGCAUCGAAAUGCGAGAUUCUUCCCAAAGGGCUCCGAGGAUCUGAGUUAUGAUCCGAGGGGGAACAAGCUCUACUCGCUGACGGAGACCACUGGGGAAAGAUAUAUCCUCGAAUCGAACCUUGACGAUAUCAAGGUUGUUUAACUUGACGGUCCCUUACCAAUUCGUUGUUAAAAUUUGUUGAGGAAUGGAUACCAAGGUUGCAUCAUGGGUUACAACAGGGGUUACUCGGUUUUGUCGUUUUUCUGUUACGGCGUUGUAGUCCUCAGAAUGCUCAUUGCUGACUAGGAUCAGGAGAGUUUGCCUUGCACGACUCACGAGUUUCAUUGCUGUCCUUACCAAGAGGGUACCAAGAUUCACCGUCAUUUUCAAGAUUGAUAGUUUAUCUGUCGUUUACCUGUGGUUACUUACCUACCGUAGAUUGUACAAUACAUCUUCAUAACCUGCAUCCUCA